UACAUGCAUUUGUUUGACGGUAACUGUGUGAAAUAUAAAGGAAACUCUAGUCAAAAUGAGCAGUUCUGAUGAGGAUCAACCGAACGAAAUCGAUUGUGACACAUGCAAUACAAGCGAAUUGAGUAAAUUGUUUGGUGAAUCGCUGAGGAUAACGAGCGAAGAAGCAAUUUCUCUACAAAAAGAUUAUGUUCUAUACUUAGAUAAUUCAAGAGAUUUUGGUCGAAUAGCUGCGUCCACGUCCAGCAAUUCGGUGCAUUUGUUCGAUUUGAAUAGUGACAAAGGAUUUACACAGAUCCAACGAUGUGACAUCGAUUCAAUAAACUACACUGAAGACCAAACAAUUUGUGGCAUUCGUUUUGGUAAAGAAGAUGUGAAUACACUCCUUGUAGCUGCUGCACAUGGAAAAGUGUAUAGAUAUGAUUUGCGAUCGAAGCCGAUGCCCGUACAAACAUUUGAAAAUGUCGAUGCAAACCAAAAACCAUUUAUGUGCUUUGAUGUGAAUGCAGACGAUUCAGUGCUUAGCAUUGGCACCGAACAACACGAAGGCGAAGCAAAUUUGCUAUUGUUUGAUGUAAGAAAAGUAUCAUCAUUAGCCGUUUAUUCCGAUAGCCAUCGUGAUGAUUUGACGCAAAUUCAUUUUCAUCCAAGUAAAUCAAAUAUUUUGGCAUCGGGAUCUGUCGAUGGUCUUAUAAAUGUAUUCAAUAUUUUGGAAUCCAAUGAAGACGAUGCGCUCGAAAAUAGUUUAAAUACAGAGAGUAGCAUUCAAACAAUUAACUGGCAUCCAAAGGUGAUUAUGCAAAUUGACGAUGAAGUUGCUGGCGAUUUUAUCAGUUGUAUCACACACACAAACGAUUUUCAACUGUUUGAUGUUGAUGAAUGCGAACAAAUAUUCGAAUGUGAACGGAAAAAAAUCACAAAACUAAUCAAACGCUCGUCAGUUAGUGAUUGCUAUCUGAUCAACUGUCAUACAACGGCAUUUGGUGAUAUUAUUUUGUUGGCCGGAUCGAAUUUCAAUGGUGGCGAAUGUCUUCGGAGUCUUACGUUACAUGAAAAAUCAUUUAAACCACGAAACAAUUUCACUGACAAUAAACAAAUCAUACGUUGUAGCGUCUUUAAUCCAAAGGACAAUACACUAAUUACUGGUGGAGAAGGAGGCAUCGUAACUGUAUGGGGUGAUUGGCAGCCUAAAAACAUCGACACACACAAACUGAAAGAAAAGGUGACGACGAAGAAAAAUCGCAAAUCAACACCAUAUUGAAAUAUUAUCAAUAUU